AUGUGUUCCAUUUUCCCUCUGCAGGCCCUGCUCUCCUCUGAGCCCAAGUUGUCCAGUUGCAGUCUGCUGAAACUGACCAUGAGAGAACUGAUUGCUCUGGCCAUGCCCUCCACCAACACGACCACCGACAGCUCCACCGUGCCUCAGGUCCACGCUCUGAACAUCCUCAGGGCUCUGUACCGGGACACCCGUCUGGGGGAGAACAUCAUUCCCUUUGUCUCAGACGGAAUGCAGGCUGCUGUUCUGGGCUUCACCUCUCCUGUUUGGGCAGUGAGGAACUCCUCCACUCUGCUCUUCAGCACUCUGAUCACGAGGAUCUUCGGAGUGAAGAAGGGGAAGGACGAGCACUCGAAAAAGAACAGGAUGACGGGCCGGGAGUUCUUCACUCGUUUUCCCGCUCUCUAUCCCUUCCUGCUGACCCAGCUGGAGGCGGCUGCCGGCACAGUGGAGAGGUGAG